UAAACCUACCAUCAUUGUCCUGGGCAGAGCGGGCGGCAGUGCUGGGCCUGGCAGGCGCUGGGCGCACACAUGGUUAACACAGGCCCUGCUCUCUGCCGCAGCUCACAUCUGGCAGGGGGAGGGCUGCUUUGCCGGGUUUGUCCCUUUUCUUCCCUCUCCUCCUUUACGCUGGAGAGAGUGCGUUUCCGCUCGGGCCGUCGGAGGCGCAGAGGCUGCGAUAGAGGGGCAGAGAGAAGAGCUGCCUUGGGCCAGGCCCCCCACUUCCCUCCUCCCUGCACCCCAGUGUGGGGUGGAAGUGGGAGCUCAAAGGGGAUGCUCUAGGGAGACGAAGCGCACCGAGAGAGGGCGAGAGAAACGAUUCCAGCACAGCCAGCACCUUGGUCUCCAGCCACUGAGGCGUCAAACCUGCCACAAUCAGCAGGCGAAGCUCGAGCGCCGUGGCCAGGGGUUCUGCAGUCAUCACUCACGAUGCCAAUGGCAGCAGCCUGAGGAAGGCUUGACUCAGUGUUAGACCAGUUAGCGUGCGAGCCGUGCCCCACCUUCUCCCAGCCCAGUAGGAUGGAGGGGCCCUGGACACUGAGCUGCCUGCUGCUGGCCUGCCUGCUGCUGCCCGACUCCAUGCUGAGCCAGCCCAGCCGCCCCGAGGAGGAGCAGGGAGAGGCAACGCGGGCACCGUCCCACCGCCACGCUGCCAGGGCCGAACGGGACCCCGAGAAAUAUCAUCGCAACCCGGACGAGCAGCCUCCCCACUCCCAGUGUGUGCGCUGCUGCGACCCCCCCACGCACUCCUCUGCCCUGCCCCACAUCAACAUCACCAUCCUGAAAGGUGAGAAGGGGGACAGGGGCGAGCGAGGCCUGCAGGGGAAGUUUGGCAAAGCCGGAUCGGCAGGCAGCAGGGGCCACAUGGGGCCCAAGGGACAGAAGGGGAGCAUCGGGGCCAUGGGGGAGCCAUGCAAAAGUCACUACGCUGCGUUCUCCGUGGGCCGCAAGAAGCCCCUGCACAGCAACGACUACUACCAGACGCUGAUCUUCGACACCGAGUUUGUCAACCUCUACGGCCACUUCAACAUGUUCACGGGCAGGUUCUACUGCUACGUGCCCGGCAUCUACUACUUUGCACUCAAUGUGCACACCUGGAACCAGAAGGAGACCUACCUGCACAUCGUGAAGAACGGGGCGGAGGUCGUGAUCCUCUAUGCCCAGAUGAGCGACCGGAGCAUCAUGCAGAGCCAGAGCGUCAUGCUGGAGCUGCAGGAGCAGGACGAGGUCUGGGUGCGGCUCUUCAAAGGCGAGCGGGAGAACGCCGUCUUCAGCGAUGAGUACGACACCUACGUCACCUUCAGCGGCUACCUGAUCAAGCACAGCGGGGAGCCCUGACCCCAGGCCUGGGCUGUCCGGCUAGUCCUCCCCCAAGGCUGACCUCGGAGCUCACCUCUCCUGCCAUAACCCACUCUCCUGCUCCUCUCCUCUUCCUGGUAGCAGACCCCGUCGCAGACCACCAAGCCCUGUCAUGCCUGUGCCCGCUCCCUGCUCCCCUUCCUCAGCUGGGGCACAACGCUCUCCAGGGCCAGGUGCUCUAAUGCCCUCAGUGGCUGCAUAAAUAUGGAAGUGCCCCUUCCCCCCCACGUGCCGUGCUCAGGUAACCGGGAUGAGAUGUAUGGGGCCGGGGCGGGGGGGGGGGAUUCCCCAGCCUCCCUGCUGGCGUGAUUUGUGAUAGGAAGAGCUAUUCCAGCAAGGGAAACAGGCCGAUGGCACGGGCUGGGCGGGGAUCAUUGGGAUGGGCGGGGUCUCAGCACAGCCACCGCAGAAGCCAGUGCUGGGGCGAGGAGCCUCCCACAGGUGUGCGCUUUGGACACAUUUGCCUAGUGGCUAACAAAUCCAAGUCCUGGCACACACUUUUACAGCAGUUUCAUGGUGCCCCAUUCUGGUACAGUUACGUGGGUGCCGACAUGGCCUCACGGCAGGGGCCAGCAUCCCUGGUUGAGCAGUGCUUCCUGUGUCCUUGCCCAGGAGCUCCCUGCUGGGAAGGGACAGGGAAAUGGCAGCUCCCCAGAGGCCUCUGCUUCAUUCACAGGGACCCUAGGAUUUACAGGGUGCAGAGAUGCCAUCUAGCAGCAGCAGGUGCUCUAGGGACCUGCCUUGCUGGCUGUGAGUGGGGCCUGGGAGCAGCGUGUAUCCCCGUGCGUGCAGAGUUACACGGCUCCCAAUAAACUCUCCUUCAGUGAGAAGCUGGUAGAUUGACCUGCUGCAGCUUCCCCUUCCCGCUCUGCUCUGCACCCCACCCACCCUCACUCCGUGGCCAGGCCGCCAGCGGCACAGGGUCCUGCCAGGGCGUUCCUCCGUGCAGGCUCUCGGGAUGCACGCCAGGGGUGGGUGCUGACAGCAGUGCUCUGCACUGGAGACCAGCAGGCCACGAGACCCCAGCAGCUCCCCCGACUCAGGGCACGGUGCGGAAUAGCCCUCACUCUGGCCCCGCGCUCCCCAGUGGCUGACGAUCACCACCCUCCCCGGCAGCUGGGGAGCUGCUUUCCAGCUGGCAGCGCUGGUUGCAGUGGGCUUGGGCUUAGUCCCUCCUCCCUUGGUUAGUUCUGCUGGUCAGGCUUUUCAUUUUUGUCGGUACUACACAGAGCAGGGCCCGGACCAGCGUGCUGCUCCCCCCGGCUCUCUGCACUGCUCUGUAACCACAUUAAACGCUGACAGGGCUGGAUUUCUA